AUGCCGGGCUCACUAGCAGACUACCUCGCCAAAAACUACCUCAAUGCAGACCCAGCACCCGAGCGCCCAAAAAAGAAGCGCAAGAAGACCAAAGCCACCGACACCGCCGGCUCAGGCCUAAUCAUCGCCGACGACGACGCCCCAGUCUUCGGCAAUGCCCGCCCCCUCGAAGAUGACGAGUACAAACCCUCAAUCGACACAUCCAUGACAAGCGCCGAGUUCCGCCGCACCAAGAAGUCCGGCUGGAAAACCCUCGGCGGGUCCACCACCGCAGCACCAAACUCCGACCAAGAAGCCGCAGAUGCAAUCCUCGCCUCCGCAGCCGCGGAACGCGCAGCCAGAGCCGCAGACGAAGACGACGACGCGCCCAUGUUGAUGGAAAACACCGAAGAAGACGGUGAAGCCGGACUACGCAUGGAAUCCGGCGUCCGCGCCGGCCUCCAAACAGCCGCUGACACCGCAGCAAUGGUCCUUGCCCAAGAAAAACGCAAAAAAGCCGAAGAAGCACUCUACCGCGACCCAUCCACUCUCGACUCCAAAUCCCAAGAAACAAUCUACCGCGACGCCUCCGGCCGGAUAAUAAACGUAGCAAUGAAACGCGCCGAAGCCCGCCGCGCCGAAGCCGAAAAAAAGGCCAAAGAAGAAGCCGCCCGCGAAGCCCUUAUGGGCGAUGUCCAGCGACAAGCGCGCGAGAAUCGGAGGCAGGAGUUAGUCGAGAUUAAGGCUAUGCCUGUUGCGAGGGGGAUUGAGGAUGACGCGUUGAAUGAGGAGUUGAAGGAUGUGGCGCGGUGGAAUGAUCCUGCGGCGCAGUUUUUGACGGAGAAAAGGGCGCCGGGGGCGAGUGUGACGGGGAAACCGUUGUAUAGGGGUGCGUUCCAGCCGAAUCGGUAUGGGAUUAGGCCUGGGCAUCGGUGGGAUGGGGUUGAUCGGGGGAUUGGGUUUGAGAAGGAGUGGUUUGCGGCGAGGAAUAAGAAGAGUCGGUUUGAAGCGUUGGAUUAUCAGUGGCAGAUGGAUGAGUAG